GUUGCUUCAAAGAUGCGUGCGGGCGGGAGCUACACCAAGUUCCACAGAGCUAGAAGCAGCUGAAUCCUUUGAAUCCACUGCCAUGUGAUGUGGGGUCUCCAUCAUCACCGGCGGCAGUUCGGAUACUCCGAAGUUCGCCCUCUCAACGAUCCUCGAAGUGACGUCGACACCUGCUUCAUAGGUCAAGAUGGCUGUCGAGCUACCCAUCAUUUGCUUCAACGAUGUUUACAGGGUGUCUCAGCGCUACGUGCCCCAACCAGGUGCCCCUGAUGACCCGAAAGCCAAAGAGAAUGGGGCAACAAUCACCGUCUCUCAAUUCGGACACGUCCUCUUUUCUGAGCGUGACAAGUGGCAGGAUCGGAAGGGUAAGGGCAAGGAGAGGGGAGAUGGCAAAGGCGUAGAUGCAGUCGAAGGUGAUGCCGAGAAGGAAGGUUUGGUCCUGUUCGCUGGUGAUGUUUUCAAUCCGAGUGUCGAGAGUUCGGUGACUAGAGGGUCACAUAUGGUGCCAGUCUUGAACGCACUCAAGAUUGAUUGUGCCUGCGUCGGUAAUCAUGACUUUGAUUUUGGCUAUCCCCACCUCACCAAACUCAUUUCCGCUACGACAUUCCCCUGGCUCUUGUCGAACAUCGUUGACAAGACGACCGGAGACGUCCCAAAACCUCUUUGCAAGUACUGGGUGACUGAGAGAUGCGGAGUGAAGAUCGGACUAAUAGGUCUUGUGGAAUCCGAUUGGAUCGCUACGAUUCCCUCUUGGCCUGAGAACUUCGAGUAUCAGCCAAUGAAAGAGACAGCCAUUGAGCUCUCAAAGGAAUUGCGUGAUCCGAACGGACAGCACAAGGUGGACAUUAUCAUCGCUCUGACCCACUGCAGAGUUCCUAACGACAUCAAGCUGGCCAACGAGCUCGGCGCAGUUCAAGACAUUGACAAGGUGGAAGAUAAGCAUGGGGUGGACUUGCUCAUCGGUGGACACGAUCAUAUCUACUACAUAGGCAAAGGGGCAAAGAAUUGGGAUGGGUCGCCAGGAGAGCGCGGCGUCGCGGGCACCAAGGAGGAUCGGGGCGUGCGGCUGAUCAAGUCUGGAACCGACUUUCGGGAUCUCACGUCCGCAACGCUGUCGCUCUCUGAACCAUCUAACAAUGUACGUCGGCGCACACUCCACGCUCUCAAUGGGAAGCACCAUUAUAUUCUCCCCUCGACGCCUACCCUUCCGCCUCUCAAAGAGCUGGUAGAUUCUCUUCUGUCCUCCGUAUCCGAGACGCUCUCUAAAAACGUCUGCUUCACCCUCACACCUUUCGAUGCGCGGUCAGAGCUAGUCCGGACGAGAGAGACUGGACUAGGCAACUGGAUCGCCGAUGUCCUACUGCACGCGUACGCCGAAAGCCUGUUGGAGGGAAAGCCAGGCGAGAAUGGCAAAGUAGAAUUUAUGAAGCAAGGCACAACACUUGAGGAUGGCGAGAGCCACGCACGGCGUGGAGGCGCAGACGCAGUCUUACUCUGCGGUGGUACUUUAAGAGGAGACAGCCAGUACGGACCCGGCAAGAUCACCUUGGGGGACAUAUUGGAGAUUUUGCCCUUUGAAGAUCCAGUUGUGUGCAUAGAGAUGGACGGCAAAGGGAUAUGGGAUACCAUGGAGUCGGCUCUAUCUAAAUGGCCCGCGCAAGAAGGCCGCUUUCCUAUCAUCUCGGGUUUAGUGGUCAAGUGGGACCACAAUGCCGAGCCGGGGAAGCGCGUCAGAUCCAUACACCUGACAGAUCCAGAGCUAGAAGAAGAGGAAGAUCCAGAAGACGUGGUCGAGUUCGUUGAGCGCGAAGACGGGACGACCGUGGAGAUCAAGCACAAGAAGAUACACGUCGGAGAGGCAGUAGAAAAUACAACAGAUGGUCGAACCUAUCGGAUCAUCACUCGAGAGUACAUGGCUCAAGGCUAUGAUGGUUUCGAGGCCCUUAAGAAUCGCAAAUUCAUCAUCGAUGAUGAAAACGGUCAAAUCAUGUCGUCAAUCAUCCGAUCCUUUCUCCUCGGUUCCGCGUACAUCUGGAGGCGAAAACAACUUCAGAACGCCAGAGAGAAACAUCUCUCCGCUCGGACUGACAAGGUAUUGGAUCGAGCACGAGCAGAGCAUCUGUCGACUCCUGCUCAAUCUCCUUCCGCUUCGCCUAGGAUGAGUCGCUCGGCUGUCCUUUCUUCUGAAGAUCCACCCAUGUCUCCGAUGAGUGAUCGAAGUGCAUAUACAAGUGGAAGUGCUGGUGGCGGGCGGAGACAUGUGAUUCAGCAUAGCCGGGUGUCUAUUCGAGACGCGAUGCACAUUUCCAAGAAUGAGCACAUGUCCACUGUUGACGAAUGUGCCGGAGAUGAAAUGCGAUCGCACGGAGGCACAUCGCGUCAAGCGGGCAAGGUCGCCGCAGCCAAGAGCCAGGAGGAGAAGGAUGGCGUGGCAGCGGAAUACUUUGUACAUGAUGACGAGAGAGAUAGAUUGAGAUCUCUCUCAGACGACCUGGCCGUCGUCUGUCCACUCGUCGACGGAAGACUCAAGGACAUUGCAGAGGACGAAAAGGACUCUGCAUGAGACAUGCAUG